UUUCAUUUAUAUUCCUAUCGGUCCAAACAUGCACUCAGGCGUGAACGAUACACGGACCCAAAAGCGGGGCCCACCGGACCAGUUUCGUUGGUUCGCUCUUUUUUUUAAAUUUAAAUAAAUUUCGAACCCGCGAUAAAAGGCCCUCCGCCGCCACCCUCUCGUCGUCCUCCCCCGCUCCGUGCUCCUCCCAAUUCCCACCCGCGAGAUCCUCAGAGAAGGGCGAUACCACUUCGCUAGGGUUUUUCCACUCGAUCUCGUCGAUUCGCGUCCGUUCCUAUCCGAUUCGAUUAGAUUCCUCCGCAGCGUCGGUCCCAGAUCCGAAACCCCCAAUCUCCUCAGCGUUUCCCCCAUGCAGUAGGUUUGCCUGCGAUUUCCCCCUGCAUGACUAACGUAUUGAGCAGCUUUCAGCGACCAUGGAAGUAAAAGGUUAAAGGUGAAAUGAGGUGCAAUGCAUGCUGGAGGGAGUUGGAAGGGCAAACCAUAUCAACCACCUGUGGCCAUCUCUUAUGUAUCCAAGUUUGUACAGUUUCUGAACUAAAUGAUAAAACUGUAAAAAAUUGCAAAAUGAUCUAGGUAUGCUACACUUUUGAAGAUCAGGCAUGCAAUAGAAGAUAGUGGGUGAAUAUUCUUAACUCAUAAAAUAGGUAGUGAAGAUGCUAACAAGAUACUCAACAAUGAUGCGGUAUGUCCGAUUUGUGAUCAAGUGCUCUCUAAAAGCCUUAUGAGAGCCGUGGAUGUAAAUCCUGGUGAUGAAUGGAUAAAUAUGGCAAUGACUGGACUAUCUCCACAAUUAUGAAGAGUGCAUACAGAAGCGUGAUGUUUUACAUUGGCCAAAAAGAACUAGAGAUGCAAUACAAGAUGAACAAGAUUGUGGGGCAAUGCAGGCAGAAAUGUGAGGUUAUGCAGGCUAAGUUCACAGAGAAGCUAGAAGAAGUACACACAGCAUACCAGAAAAUGGCCAAGAGGUGUCAGAUGAUGGAACAGGAAAUAGAAAGCCUUUCAAAAGAUAAGCAAGAACUACAAGAAAAAUAUGCCGAAAAAUCUAGGCAGAAGAGGAAACUUGAUGAGAUGUAUGAUCAGUUAAGAAGUGAAUAUGAGUCUACAAAACGUUCGGCAAUCCAACCUGUAAAUAACUUCUUCCCAAGAAAUGAGCCAGAUUUGUUCUCAAGCAUGGGUAACAUGAUGGAUGGCAGAGACCCACUCAGACAGGAUCCGACGGUUGUUCUUACUCCUGAAACUCCAGGGCGGAGAGAGGAGGUUUGGCCCUCAACAGCUAGGCAAAAGAGCUCCAAUUCAGGUGCUUUCGAAGUUUCCGGAGGCUCGCCAGCUCAGAUUGCAAAGGUUCCUGCUGAUGCUGGAAUCAGAAGGCCAGCUCGCCCUAGCUUCGGAGCUGGUGUGAGCAAUCCUUCAGCAGCUUUGCGGAAUCUCAUACUCUCGCCAAUGAAGCGCCCUCAGAUGUCACGUAGCCGCCCGCAUAUGUUCACGUUGUAGGAGGAGAAGAGCUGUGCAUGAUGUUGUCCCUCCAAUGCUGUUGUAGGAUCGGAGAAGAGCUGUGAAUGAUGCUGUCCCUGCAAUGGUGUAAGUUGUCUGCUUGUCUGUCUCUUCUAUAUAAGGUAGUUUUCAACAGAAUGUCGUGGAUAGUGAUUUUAGUUGUUAUUCCACAAAGAAAAAGUAGCUUAUGUUUUCUGCUUUCUUUUUUUUGAGAAGAGAGUAUAGUUCAUUAAUAUUCCUAUGCAGAAACAAUUAUAUUCCAGGUUUCCAUCUACUUCAAAGAUAAAAAAAACAGAAGAAAAUAUCAGCUCACAGUUAGUAAGCUA